GUCGUGUUUUAGCAGUGGAAAAUGAGAUUAUCAUUGGUAGCCAUUGCAGCGUCCACGCUGUCAAUAUGUUCUAUGGCUCUUGCUCAUUCAACCGUCUAUAUUGUGUCUGAAAAGAAUGCCGCCAAUCAAAUACAGCCUAACGUAGCCGUUCCAGAGACCAGCUUCGCAUCUUUCGCUACCCUACUUUCACACAUCCUGGGCACGUCAGAUAGACAUACCGUCAAUGUUCAAGACGCCAAAAAUACAUUCAGCUUGGUCAACGACGUCCUUGCCUCAUCGCCCGCACUUGACCGUUCCAACUUGUUCUCCAAGUUGAAGGGAAGCAUGUUUAUCUCUGUUGGAGGUGUACGUGACAGCCAAGCUAUUUUGCCCACCUACAACCCUACAUUGACUGUCAGAGACGAUCGCUCUGAAGAUUUUGUCGCUUUGAUGUCUGAUCACAACAACUAUCAGAUCCAACGAUCUUCAUUUAGAGAAGAUGGCGUUACUCGUUUCUUCGAUGGCGAGGAGAUCUAUGUCGCUGAUGAUGACGAAGCAUUCGAACGCUUCAAGAUUGCUUAUCCCGAGAUCAAUGUUGGUGUGUUCGACAUGAGCAAUGAUGCGGACAAAACCUUUGUUGCAGAAAUCGAGCAUGUGCAAAAUACCGUCAAGGACUUCGUUUUGGCUAGGGCAGACUCCGUUAAGCACAAAACCGAUUACCUGACCAUCCACAUGACCAGCUUAGAGGGUCUGUUGGCUACGCACGGUGUUUCUUCCGAACAAUACGCAACCGCACAGGCGGUGUUGAAGGACCUAUUCGCAAAGACGCUGAUCCCAGAUUUUGAACAAGCAUACGAGAACGAUGAAUAUGCCUUCUCCACGUUUGUUCUCUCCCCCACUGUCAAGAGCCGUUUCCAAAAGCGUGCACCACCUGCUGCUUCUGCGGCCGCUCCCGACACGUGCUUCAAGGACAUCGCAACCUGCGAAAACGAAACUGACCAUUGUAGCGGACGAGGUUCUUGUGGCGCUGUAGUCGAUACUCAAUGUUAUGCCUGUACAUGCAAUUCAACCAAGUUCCUCGGCGAUUCAUGCCAAGUAGAAGAUAUCUCCAGUGAUUUCCAACUUUUGUUUUGGACAUCCGUUGCCCUUAUUCUCAUGGUGGCCGGUGCCAUCGCUGCUCUCAUCAACUUGGGAGAAAACAUGGAAGCUCCUCCGAUUGUACAAGUGCCUACUAAGCAAGAGUAGAUUCCCAAAUGUACUGAGCAUUUUACUUUAUCCAUAUGGUUGCACGACAAGGUAUUGCAAGCGGAAAUGGUUCAUGUCGUCCCACAAAGAAGUCACCACAUGCAUCAUUUUUUUUUCUUUGAAUUAAAUUUCGUUUUUUAUUCUAUUGGGUUUGGUUGCAUCAUUUUCUCUGAAGAACAAAAAAUAAAAUCAGAUGACUGAGGACAAACACAACAAAAUGGGAUGAUAAGCCUCUUCCGGGAUUAUUGUCGAAGGGAAUAAUGGAUGAGCUUUUUGAAGAAGAGGUUGUUAAUCCGAUCCAAAGACGGUGGUUCCAGUAGGUGGCUUGAACGACAUGCGGGGAACAAAUAUAGAAGGGUGAACGACAAAGAAAACAAGGAGGCAGCAUACACUCAGA